GUGACAUCCAGUGCCCUCCAUCACCCUUCAACCUAUUCCUACUCUAGGAAUUGGAUUUGUCCAAUUGCUGCUCCCCUGGGGCUCCUGGACACCCCCAGGACACUCCCUUCAGAAGAUUCCCAGCCCCCCCUGAACCUUCCUCCUGGACACCCUCUCCCUCUGUCCCGGCCCCCUGGAACACUGAAACCCUCCCAUGGAGUCCUGCCGUUUCCCAGACGUGGAUGUGGGCAAUCCCUGGCCAUGCUGAGCUGCUGGGCUCAGCAGUGACCUGGCUGGGGAUAGUGGCACCUCCUCUGCACCCCUGGAGCUCCAGCUCUGCUGGGAUGCUGUGUCCAAGAAGGUGUGCUCACUGCCUACCUGUGUCACCCAAAGGAGGCUGCCAGGAGCUGCUGGAAUUCCCGGGAAGCUGCAGCAGGCUGAGGAGCCACCAUGGCCCGCCAUGAGCCCGCCAGCCCGGUGGUGCGGCAGAUUGACCAGCAGUUCCUGAUCUGCAGCAUCUGCCUCGACCGCUACUGCAACCCCAAGGUGCUGCCCUGCCUGCACACCUUCUGCGAGAGGUGUCUGCAGAACUACAUUCCGGCCCAGAGCCUGUCCCUGUCGUGCCCCGUGUGCCGCCAGACCUCGAUCCUGCCCGAGCGGGGGGUCCCGGCGCUGCCCAACAACUUCUUCAUCACCAACCUGAUGGAAGUGCUGCAGCGGGACCCCGACCCCCGCGGGGCCCCCCCUGCACCCCUGCCCCCCCUGGGCGCCGCCACCGGGCAGCCACUCUGCUGCCCGAACCACGAGGGAAAGGUGAUGGAGUUCUACUGCGAGCCCUGCGAGACGGCCAUGUGCCGGGAGUGCACGGAGGGGGAGCGGCGGGAGCACCGGGACCACCGCACCGUGCCGCUGCGUGACGUGCUGGAGCAGCACAAGGCAGCCCUGCAGCACCAGCUCGACGCUGUGCGUGCCAGGCUCCCACAGCUGGCAGCAGCUGUGGGGCUGGUAGCUGAGAUCAGCCGGCAGCUGGGGCAGCGCCGGGCCGAGGCCGAGGCAGAGAUCGGGAGCAGCUUCGAGGAGCUGGAGGCAGCGCUGCGGCAGCGGCGGGAGGUGCUGCUGCGCGACCUGGAGGCCACCUGUGCUGCCAAGCAGCAGGUGCUGGAGGCGCAGCUGGAGGUGCUGCGGCAGGGCCAGGAGAGCAUCCUGAGCAGCUGCGCGUUCACAGAGCAGGCUCUGCACCACGGCUCAGCCACGGAGGUGCUGCUGGUGCAGAAGCAGAUGGGUGAGCGGCUGCGGGAGCUGGCGGCGCGGCCCUUCCCUGAGCACCCACACGAGAACGCGCAGCUCGAGUUCCACGCCGAGCCUGAGGGGCUGCGCCGCUCCAUCCAGAACCUGGGCGCACUGCUGACCACCAGUGCCACGGCACACACCACGGUGGCCACGGGCGAGGGGCUGCGCCAGGCCGUGGUGGGGCAGCCCUGCUCGCUCAGCGUCACCACCAAGGACAAGGACGGGGUGCUGGUGCGCAGCGGCGGCGCCCGCCUGCGCUUCGCCGUGACGGGCCCUGACGGCGCCGCGGCCGAGGCUGAGGUGCAGGACAACCGCAACGGCACCUACGAGCUGGUGUACACGCCGCGCACCGAGGGUGACUUUGUGCUGUCCAUCCUGCUCUACGGGCAGCCUGUGCGCGGCUCCCCGUUCCGUGCACGCGCCCUGCGCCCCAGCGAUGUGCCCCCGUCCCCCGAGGAGGCCAAGCGCCGCGUCAAGUCCCCGGGUGGGGGGCACGUGCGGCAGAAGGCCCUGCGCCGCCCCGCCAGCAUGUAUGGCAGCGCCAAGCGCAAGGAGAACCCCAUCGAGGACGAGCUCAUCUUUCGUGUCGGCAGUCGUGGCCGGGAGAAGGGCGAGUUCACCAACCUGCAGGGGAUCUCCACAUCCAGCGCUGGCCGCAUCGUUGUGGCCGACAGCAACAACCAGUGCGUGCAGCAACAACCAGUGCAUGCAGGUAUGGACCCCUGGGACCCCCCCUGGGUAACCCUGGAUCCCCAUGACCCCACUGACCCCAUCAGCAGUAACCAGUGUGUGCAGGUGUUCAGUAACGAGGGGCAGUUCCGGCUGCGUUUCGGGGUGCGGGGGCGUUCCCCAGGGCAGCUCCAGCGCCCCACGGGGGUCUCAGUGGACACCAAUGGUGACAUCAUUGUGGCCGACUAUGACAACCGCUGGGUCAGUGUGUUCUCACCUGAGGGCAAGUUCAAGACAAAGCUGGGUGCGGGGCGGCUGAUGGGCCCCAAGGGCGUCGCUGUGGACCGCAACGGGCACAUCAUCGUGGUGGACAACAAGGCUUGUUGCGUCUUCAUCUUCCAGCCCAAUGGCAAACUGGUGGCACGGUUUGGCUCCCGCGGCACUGCCGAGCGCCAGUUCGCAGGACCCCAUUUUGUGGCUGUCAACAACAAGAACGAGAUUGUGGUGACCGACUUCCACAACCACUCCGUGAAGGUGUACAACGCUGAGGGCGAGUUCCUGUUCAAGUUCGGCUCGCAUGGGGAGGGCAACGGGCAGUUCAACGCGCCCACGGGGGUGGCCGUGGACAACAACGGCAACAUCAUCGUGGCUGACUGGGGCAACAGCCGCAUCCAGGUGUUUGACAGCGCGGGCUCAUUCCUGUCCUACAUCAACACGGCGGCCGACCCACUGUACGGGCCGCAGGGGCUGGCUCUCACCUCCGACGGCCACGUGGUCGUGGCUGACUCGGGCAACCACUGCUUCAAGGCCUAUCGCUACCUGCAGUGACGGGCAGGACUCCGGGCACGGCCACGGGCAGCAGGGAGCCUGCAGCUGCACCAGGCAGCACGGCUGCCCCACGGCCUCGCCUGCCCCCCUAGCGCCAUCCUGGCUUCAUGUGCACUUUAUCCCAGGGGGCAGCCGGACCUGGGGGGUGAGGAUGGGUCCCGUGGGGUGGGGGCUGCCUGGGGGUCACGGUCUGGCCCCUCACCCACAGCAGGGCCAGCAUCCCACUGUCCCUGCUGACAGGGUUCCCAAGGUGUGGGGGAUGUGAGGGGCAGGGAGAGCCGCUGGAAGGGCUUGUGGGGGACUGUGGGGUGGCCAGUCUAGAGCCUCAUGCCCCUUGAGGGCUGUCUCCCUCCUCCCAGCUCCCCUCCCCAGCUGUGGGGUGACUGUGUGUGCCUGCUGCCCCACUGCACUGCUGCUCCACAGCUCUGGGGGGCUCCGGGGGCUGUGGGGCAGCUGCCGCACGCUGACAAAACUGUAUGUACAAAAUAAAGUAUUCUGGAAGUACCCUG